AAUUCUCCUUGGAACCUUGAUAAAAUUCUGGGUGUAUGCACUGAGAGAGUGUUUAGGCGUUCCUUUUUUUUGAAAACUGAAGUCAAUUUGUAUUGAGUUGGUAGGAAAGAGAGAGGCUUAUCUUAUCGAAUUGAUUCUGAAGCUACAGAUAAUAGCUCUCUGUUGAUACUUGUUUUUCUUCAAUUGAAAAAUCCAACUGGAACGCUUUCAUUGGACUGCCGUUAUUUGGCUCGAAAGGACGUGGAUCUCAGAACUCUGUUCACUCUCUGUGUGCACACUCACUCACACACUAUCACUUCUACAUAUAGUCGAUUAGUUCCCAGUCAAUGGAUUUUGUUAAAUUUUUACCGGAGGAAGUGACGGAUAUUGUCUGGUCUCAUCUAACGCCAGAUGACCGUUUUAGUUGUAAAUGUGUAAGUGAGUUGUGGAGUAGGGUAAUCGACCAUUCCAUACAACGAAAACUUAUGCGAUUGAAAACGAAUUGGGAGAACAUACUACUUGCUUGUUCACGGAGUACUUUGGAGUCUCUGGAUUUUGUUAAAUUUUUACCGGAGGAAGUGACGGAUAUUGUCUGGUCUCAUCUAUCGCCAGAUGACCGAAAUAAUUGUAAAAGUGUAAGUGAGCUGUGGAGUUGGCGGAUCGGAAAUUUCAUACAACGAGAACAUUUGCGAUUGAAAAUGAAUUGGGAGAAUUCAACUUAUUUUAUACGGUAUUUCCGUUUUGCUGAGUUUCGAAAAUUGAAUGUUACUCUACUUCCUUCAAAUGUUCCAGAUGAUUACUCUUUCUACCUACCUGUAUUAUGGCGCAAAAAAAAAUCGCAAUUAUUCCGUCUCCAACUCUUUCAAAUCACGGAGUCUGGAUUGACUGUAAUAGUAAAAAUUCGAUUUCCUCGUCCAGAAGAGUUGCUGAAAGUUUGUGUUAUGAGAAACUCAUUUGUUUUUAUCACCGUAUCUCGAAUUUUCUUCUUUGAUGGUCAUCAACUCAGAACCAUUAUGCAGUUCUUUGUUCCUGAUCCCCCUUAUGAACCACCUUUCCUUACAAUGGAUACGCAUCACAUCCUAUUUUUUGAACAAUUGAGUCACUUAAUAAUUGUUUGGUGCAAACAGUCAAUUAAACCGAUAUAUCAUCGUUUGGCUGAACCAGACAUUUAUAUGAACUGCAGUCUGUUCGACGGAUGCUUGAUCAUCUCCUCUGGUGAAAAUGAUUAUGGAAAAACCUCACGAAUUGAAGUUCGGAAUUUGAGAAAUGCACACAAAAUGCUCCAGUUAAUUUUUCUUGUCGAUGGAAAAGUCAAGUAUCUGGAUAUGAACGAACGCUUUCUUUUCAUGAAUAUUAGAACUUACGACUAUCGCUGUAUCCAAGUUCGAGACAAAGAGAGCUAUUCCAUCACAUAUUGUUAUAAAUAUUCGAUGCCGUGCUGCAUGACUCAUGUGUCCGAUGAUUUUGUUAUAUUGAAAGAGAGCUUAAAAAAUUCAAUCAGAAGUCAAGAAUGUAAAAUACUAGAUUUUGCCACUGGCGAAUGGUAUACUGUUUCGUCGAGUAGAUUGUCUAACAGGGGAUUGCAAACUUCUUGCGAUAACAGAUACAUCAUAACCUUUUCAGGGGAAAAAAAUUCCAUAAAAAUUUUGGACUGGAGAAAUAACAACAUACAUAUCCUACAAGAUAGAUAUUUUCCAAAAAGUGAAGACUUCGUUAUUAUUGGUGUUACUGAUCUAAUGAUUGUAGCUAUUGAUCUAACAACUGGUAUUAUGAUUAAUAUCAUCUUUGAAAAAUCCACAACCAAGUAAGGCUUGUGCCACUCUUAUUUGGUUCGGUUUCGUUUACGAUCGAUUCUGAGAAGUUUGAACCGGUAAUUUGGUAUGAAUUCUGUACCAAAUAGAAACCGCAUAGCACCGAUUCAUUCCAGCGGUAGUUUUUAUGAGUAGUUAGCCUGGAGUUGAUAUGGCUACGAAAAGGAAUGAUCUGAAUCAAACGGAACUAUAUUAUACAUGUGAAAGAAGCCUAACGUAUCAUAUAUAUGUAUAUAUAUUUUUUUGCUAGACAAUGAGCAAAUAAUUAUUAUGUAGGCUAAUGAGUAAACAGCAGCAUAUGACUGAAUAGGUGUGUGAAACAUAGCCCAUAUUCAAAAUAUCAAAAAGUUGUGAAUAGAAACAGCUGAUUAGACUUCUUAUUGAUUGCCAAUGCCAUCUCGGAAAGUUACUAAUUUUGGGACGGGCAUCGCUACUGAUCUUGUCUUUUCCAGGCUCAAAUUGAGAUCAGAAAACACACUUUUCCUAAAGAUACCUUGAAAAGUGACCAUUUCUGCACUGAUUGCAGGCUGCAAAGAAUCACUUUUCCGCUCUAGUGCGCAAAGUAUUACUUUGCUUACUCCAGAUUUGCAGCAUGACAACGCAAAAUAGUUAGUAGGUUCACCAGUGCAGGAAAAUCUAAAUUAAGUUGGUAACUGUGACUGUGGUGCACGUUAUAAGAAUCUUGAGGUGGUGGACAACACUGGAUGACAGCAGUUGACAGCACACAGCCGACCCCCCCCCCCACCAUUCAAACACUACCAUUAUUCUAUUUUAUUUAUUAAAAAUAAAAUUACACAGAUAUACAUUUGAUGCAUUUCAGGCAA